AUGCUUACUAGAAUUGUUCCAAAACCGUUGUGCCGCCAAAAAAGUUAUCAUUUUGCGACGGCAGCUAGCCAGGUAAGGGGGAAAUUUGCAUAAAUUUUAAUUUUUAAGAGAAGUUUUAUAAGUUUUGUUCAAAUAAUUCUGUGCUCUGUAACUCUGAAAAUUUACUUUGAGAAGGAGCACAGAAUUAAUAUAACAAUCUCAUAGUAAGUUUGAUAUUGGAACAAAUUCACCUUUUGACGUAUUUUACAAAUGAAUUUGGUAUACCCAACUUGUCCCUAUUUUAGACCGGUGGCCAAAUACCAGAACAUACCUUGAACCAAAAUUACGACAAGAAUGCUGACCGGAUCUUACGGGCCAGUCAUGUUGAAAUGGGUGAAAAACCAACAGCUUUUCAACGUCGUAUGUUGGUCAUCACUGGACUAUACCCUUCUGUAAAACAAGUUCCUGAACAAGUACCGUGAGUUUUUUAAACCUUUAUCUGAUUGUACAUUUUUAUAGUAGUAGAUAAUAAGUGAAAAUCCUGUAUAAAGAACUGCUUGGAGAUUAAAAAUUUGUUUUUUUAUACAAAAGUUAUGUUACAGAGAGGUUUGUUAUACGGGAGAUUUACUUCAUUUUUGUUCGCAAAUGCCUUAAAGGCUUAAAAAGUUGUUAUACAGAAGCUCUACUGUAUAUUGUAGUAUAAACAAAACAAGGCUAAGCAUAAGCUAUACAUACGUUAUAACAAAAAUAAAAAUUUAUUAUUAUUGAACGUAUUUUACCAAAAAUUCAAUACAAAAAUUAUAUCUUCAAAAAUUUUAGUGCUCAAACUCUGAACCGUAUGUGGGACCGUGAAAGAGCGUUGAUCGUACUCCUAACUGUGUUCACCUUCUUUUCCGUUUACUUUUAUGGAGAAUAUUCGGUAUAUAGUCGUAUGAAGGCUAAGCAGCAGAAGGACUUGGAGAUUCAACAGGCUUCAGCUCAUAAUCAUUAA